AGCAACGACAAUCCUACGUCAUCAGUGACCACUGACCAUUGGCGGGUGCGGGGGGGCAUCUGUUCGUACAUACAUGAACUUCGUACACUUUACGACAUCGGCGCACAACAACAGGUAUAUCACUGGCUUGUCACUGGCUGGCCGGGGGGAGCAGGAUUCUCGCCACGAGGAUAUAAGCUGCCACACUUGCUAUUGCGCUGAAAAUGAAUAGUCUUCGCUGCCGCUUUCACUGCUUAAGGCUUCCGAGAAGAACACUGCAACGAUCAAACAUACUGCAACAACAACGACCACUACUCUACCAAACAACCAGCAAAACCCCUCCAACACACCGCAGCAUGUCCUCCGCGCACCCCUCCAACACAUCGCAGCACUUCACCACGAACACGACCACCCCCAGCAGCACCUCCAAGCCAAUGGACCCAUACACCACCGCGAACGCAGACAACAUGAACGUGUCACUGAAGGAGAAAGUCGAGGACCUGAUGACGUUCGUGACAGACACGAAGUACGGGAUGAUGACGACGCGGCAGGACCGCAGCGGCCUGCUCGUCAGCCGCUGCAUGGCACUUGCCGAUAAGGAGGGCGGCGUAGACCUCAUCUUUCAUACCAACACUGAGACUGGCAAGACCGAUGAGCUACAUAGCGAUCCGCAUGUUAAUAUGAGCUUUAUCAAGCCGAGUACGGGCGAGUGGGCGUCCAUCUCCGGCACCGCCUCGAUCGAGACGGACCGCGAGAAGAUCCGCAGCCACUACUCGCCGAGCCUGAAGGCGUGGGUGGGGGAUCUCGGCGACGGCAUCCACGACGGCGGCCCGGAGGAUCCGAGGAUCGCUAUCAUCAAGAUCCGUGCGAUCACGGCGACUUACGCCCUCCAGAAGGGAACCGCUAUCAAGAGGGGCAUUGAGAUCGCGAAGGGAGCGGUCACCGGAAGCGUCGCGAACACGAAUAAGCUCAGGGAGAUUACGGAGGCUGAGUUGCAGCAGUAUAGAGCUGUUAACUGAGCUGAAGUAGGAUGGUAAUGGGGCGGGGUGGGAUGGGAUGGAGGGCUGUGGUUUCGUUCGUGCUUGUCUUGCUCGUCCUGUAUCGAUGUUUGCUAGGCAAUUGAAGUGCAGUCAAAUCAUCGUAUCUUCC